UAUGGAAGCGGUUUCUGCUAACAGAAGAAGAUAUAAAGUUACAAGAAUUUCUACAGAUGAAAGUGGCAAUUAGAAAUGAAGUUCAUGGCAAUAAAGAUCCAUAUUUCAAAAAUAUUCAAGAAAAAUUGAAGAAAAAUGGAAUAAUUCUCAGAAAUGAAUUAAAAAAUGUACUGCAUUUAUGUCAGACUUCUUCUGAUGUGGAACUAGCCAGAAAACUUAUUUACAGGUACCAUGAACAGAAUGGAAUCACAGCCUUACAUAAUUUUAAAUUUGGGCCCCUAUUUAUGAGGCUAUGUUAUGAGCUAGACCUUGAAAGACCUGCAGUAGAACUUAUCAAAGAUCAGAAUCUGCAUGGUUUUUUCUCAGACAGUACAUCGUUCCAUAUUUUGAUGACUAUGUUGUUUAAAAAGGGCCAUUUUGAAAGUGCUUUGGAAGUUCUGGUAGAAAUGAAAAAACAAGGUAUACCUUUCAACAAAGAAACCUAUCUACUUGCAUUUGCAAUAUGCUAUAAACUGGAUAGUCUAGAAUCUUCCAAAAUUUCUGCAAAACUGCUUGAAGAAGCACAGCUAAAAGGUGACGUGUUACCACUGCGAGCAUACUGCUUUGCCAUGGCAAUGGCUCUCAAACAGAACGAUGUAGCACAAGCCAAAUUUUAUUGUUCCCAGAUAAUGAAAACAGAGAACAAACUAUACAGUAAUCUUAAAGUUCUUGUCCAGCUCAGAUCUGGUUUGCUAGAAGAAGUGAUAAAGACUUUAGAGGCAGCAGUGGAAGUAGAUACUCCUCCCUUUGUGAAAAAAAUAGAGUUUUCUGAGCAGGUGCUGGCUACAGUCAGGGAAAAGAUGGAAGAAAACCCUGACCUUUCUCUCAGAUUAGGAAAUAUUUAUAUGAAACUGCAAGCUUCGGGACGGAUAACCAUGUGCACACUGGAAGACAUGCUUUUCCAGAUUCGUAGUUCCAAGAAGACCACUGCAAAGCUUUUAAAUCAGAAGCAAUUGGGCUAUCAGGCUGCUAAUCCACUUCAGUCAAAUCUGUUGUUGGAAUAGCUCGGUAUUUGCUAGCAGCAAAUACCAUCAGCCAGGUUCAAAUAAAAUGUCUUCUCCCCUUUUC